AUGUCCCCAGCCAGUUUCCAUGGCAACGCUCCGGGCCGCACCACGGCAGCCGCCGAGGGACAAUCCUGCCGCGUCCGCAGCCUUCGGGGCUUUGCUCACAAGGCCCGCCCCCACCCCCCCACCCCGGUCCCGCCUUCCUCUCGCGUCUCCCGGGCAACGCGCGGUGUUCAGCGCCUCGCGUCUGCACAGAGGCUCGCUCCGCGUCUACGCCCCUCACAGAUCUUGGUUAUCGACCGGGCUCCCGUUCCCGAGUCGCUCUCUAAGGUGGAAGGAGAGAAUCCUGCAGUUAGCCAGCAGCCCAGGCCCUCCGUCACAUGGAACCUAGGCUCGCCCAUUGCUUGUGCGGUAGCCCCCCAGGCGACCACCAGUUCUGGCACCAGCCCGGCCUCGGCCUUCUUCCGGCAGAGCCGGAAGGCUCGGCAGCCGCCCCGACAGAUCUGCUUCCUGCGGCCGCGGACCGCUCAGUCGCCGGUGCUCUUCAGCUUAAUGAAUUCCAGUGAAGCAGCAGUGAAAAAAUUUUUGCCCAAGAGCCACUUAACUCGGGUGGUUAUUCGUGACAACCUCAGUGCACAACGAAUCUAUGAGAUGGAGGUAAAAGCCUCAGAGAAGACCAAGAACAAGAUAGGCCACUUGUAUGACCACCUGAAAAAAAAAUUCAUGACAGACCAGCUCAGAAAGCUGGGGCACUGGCGACGGGAAUCCAUGAACGUCCGGCAGUACCUGGAUAGCAUCCGAGUGUACAAGGAGCCUAACAAGAAAGACCAACCACCCUAG